AAACAGAUUUUGACCGACGCUCGCUAGACGCUGAGGAGGCGGUUUGGCAACACUGGACUGUGACUGGAGCACUGAUGGCAGGAAAUGACGGUAGCUCUGGUAGUGAUCCGGAAAUGGAAGAUGAAAAACAUAGAAGAAAGUAAAGUCAUGAUGAAAUUUGCAGAAUCAGUUUCUCAUGACUCCAGCAGUCUCCUGUCUGAAGAUCAGCUGCUGUGUCCGAUCUGUGUGGAUGUGUUCACUGAUCCAGUCACCACUCCAUGUGGACACAACUUCUGUAAGAGCUGCCUUACACUGUGCUGGGACAAGGAUCAACACUGUCACUGUCCAUUAUGUAACCAGAUAUUCACCAAGAGACCUGAACUGAAGAUUAAUACAACACUGUCUGCAGAGGUUGCAGAUCAUGUCAAGAAGAAAAGUGCUAACUUUCUUCUACACUUCCAGUCUUACAUAGUACACUCGGAGCAUCAUGGGAUAACAACAAAUUAAUUACACCUGGGUUUUUUCAUCUUAUAAAUAAACUAUGAAUUACUCCAACUAUUUAUAAUGUAACAAAGAACACACCAAUACAGUGAAAUAAAAUACAUUCCCAUAAACAAAAAAACAAACACAAAAUAUCCUGAUUGCUGGAUAAAUAGUUUAAUAUGUGAUUUGUAAUGACAAAGUUCUACAAUCAUAAUGUCACAUGAUCAUAACAAACAGACUAUAGGAUUACAAUUAAAACCAGGUAAUAAAAUAAUAUGUACAGCAUUUUAAAAGGAUAUAUGUAUUUCUAAAAUCUAACCAAAAAAGUAAACAAAUUCUUUCUACUCUUACCAUCUGAUGAUCAAAUUUGUGAGGUUUAAAUUUAUUCAGUCUUAAAUACAGGAGAGAUGAUCAGUGGUGUUGAAUUUUUACCUCCUUUAUUUAAACAAGGACUGAAGUAUGGAUAGAGUUUCUCAGUGAAAGUCUGACCAGUGAAAGAGUAGAUAUGAGAUCUGGACUUCACAUCAUAAAAGGAGACCAGACCCUCCUCAUAAUCCACAAACACCCCCACCACCUCCACCCUCUCUCUCAGUGUGAGGGGGACAGAGGGACAAGCACAAGCCUUAUACCGAUUCUUAUUCCUCAGUACCACAGUCCAGAAUCCAUCCUCAGGAGUCAGUAUAAUCUCCCCCUUCCUGUUAAUGUUCUCUGUGGCCACUCCAACAUCCCAGCCAGUUUUCCAUCUGACCUGCACCUCAUAAUAAAAUCUCCCUGAGCAGAAACUCUGAUUUCCCAGAACACAUGGACAUGAAUCAAACCUCUGUGGAGUAUCAGGGAGAUUCUGUCGUUUGUCUCCAUCUCUCACUCGUUUUCCAUCAGCAGACAGGAUAA